UCUGUUUCUCACCAAUCUUAUUCCCGUCGUCUUUCCUCUCACCAUGGACAGCGACGACAAUACGGACCAGGCAGAGCCUCCUCCUAGAAACGGCUUGAGUGUUCUGGGGGUUUUCCCUUUGUUUCCACCUACUAUUCCCAACGUGCAGCCUACUAGUCCCCCCCGCCCCUCUCGCCUCUCUCCUCCUCGUCACCAGAAGUAUCCCUUUGAGCCCGUGUCACCUCUCUGCUCGUCGCACGAUGACAUGCCCGACCUCGAUGUGGAGCAUGUCGAGGGCACGUCCGAGCCCGCUGCCAGCUCGCGGGAGUCACCCGUCGACGCAUCAACGAAGCGGAAAGCGUCCGCUCAUUGGACGCAGCGUCCUCUGCCCUGGGCACCGCCACCAAAGAAGCCUGCCCCCGCGCCAAAUCCACCCCCUCCAACUCCUAGCUCAGGGUUGAACCCCUCGUCCCCUGCUGAUGCUGAGUAUGCUAUAAUCAAGCGUCGUUUUGUCGACGACUGGUCUCGCCGAUUUCCUUGGCUGCUAUUGACACAGAUGAAAAAUGGUCGUCCUGCGUUGAAGUGUGCUGUGUGCUUGCAGUUUGGCGACGCGUUUAGCAACACCAACUAUGGGAAGAAGGGCGAGGGUGCACGCGACCUACAGGUGGGAAGCAUCCGCAUCCAUGUCGGCACGCGGGCGCACAAAAAUGCAUUGAAAGCCAAGGAGGAGCGGGAGAGAGAGAAGGAGCAGCAGCGCACGCUUGACAGGUGGCGCACGAGCGACUCCUCGACAAAGCAUCUCAUACGGUACGGCUUCAAACAGGGAACUAAGGCCAUAUCGAACUACCUGAGAGACGAGCAGCUUCAGCACCUUCUCUCUUCCCCCUACGUCGGCAUUGCGAUUGAUGAGAGCACGGAUCGCGUCCACGGCAAACACAUGAUUCUGUAUGCCACCUUCUUCCGCGGCAGUCACGUCGUUACCGAGUUCGUCGCACUGCUGUCGGUGGAGAGGACCGAUGCCGCGUCGCUGACCGCCGUCCUGCUGCAGUUUCUCUCGUCGAUCGGCCUCGACCUGCAGAGGAUUGUUGGCAUGUCGACCGAUGGGGCUUCUGUGAUGACGGGCGCCACAUCCGGGGUCGUCACCAGGCUGAAAAGCCGCAUCCUACAUCUCGUCGCGACUCAUUGCAUCGCGCAUAGAGAGGCCUUGGCUGCUAAGGACGCUGCGGCUGCCGUUACAGAACUCAACGUCAUCGAUAUCCUCAUCCGUGCUUUCGCCGACCUCGUCGGGCGGUCGAACAUCCAGCAUAGCAGCUUUAAGAACUUUCAGCUAGUCUACUGCAACACCAACCUCGAGGCGCAAGGCAUCUACGCCAUUCGCUGGUUGUCCCGCGGGGAAGCAGUGGUGCGCUUCGUCGAGGUCCUCCCCGCUGCUGUGGUUCUGCUGCGAGGUCAUCCUGGCGGGCUGUAUGAGAUAGUUACGUCGUUCAAAGUACAGUACAUGCUAUACUUCCUGGCGGACAUCCUUGAAGAACUCAACCACCUCAACACCCGAUUCCAGCAGCGACAGGUUGACAUGACGGUCGUUUCGUCUCUUGUGGACAACACCUGCAACCGCAUUACUGACCGAUACAUCAAGUGCGGAGGGGGAGUGUACUUCGGUAACGGCGGCAGCGUCAGGCUCGGGGAGUUCCUCCAGGCGCAUGGGUCACCCAACAAUAGGCGGGUGUGCGUCCAAGGUGUGGACAACAAGGGCAACGCGCAGUCGUUCGAGUACGUGCUGCACGAGCGCAUGGUGGACGGGCACACCUCCGAGAGCGACCUCGACUCAUGCGCUGUCGUCUGCCGGAAGUUUGCGGUUGAGCUCGUGGGGAGUGUACGUGGCCGAUUGAGAAGUCUUAGUGACAUGGAGGGGUGCAAGCUCUACAAGGCGAAGACGUACCCGUUGGACGACGAGAUGCGCCUGGCGCGGUGCAAGCAGUGGUUGAAGCAGAACCACGGCCUCUUUGGAGGCAAGCUUCCUGGCUUCGACAACAACAAAGCCGUCCAAGAGCUGUGGGUCUUCACUGCGGCGAUGAUGUCGCAGUACAAGGACGACGGAUUCCACCAGGGGCUCGCCUUGACGCUGGACAACAACGAGUGGCAGAGAUCGUACCCCUACAUCCUCCGCCUCUGGCAGGCACUCGCCGUCCUUCCCCUCAGCACGGUCGAGUGCGAGCGGGGGUUCUCGAAGCAAAACCUCAUCAAGAGUUGGGAGCGUGGGUGCCUUGGAGAUGACACCCUGGGGGACCUGAUGCGGUGCUCCCUCCUGCAAUACAACAUCGAAUGGUUCGAUGUGGUUGCUGUCUUCCGCGGUGAGAAGCCACGCCGUCCCCUUCGAGAUCUGAGCUCGUCCAACCCCACCUCUGUUGAAGAUGGAGGGGCCUCUACCAGUGAGCCCACUCCAUUGGUGGAGCCGAGAGGAUGACUGACUCUGUAGGCUUUGGGGUAUGCGCAUAGUAGAGAGAUGAGUAGAGUAGAGUAGGUGUGGUGCUGGUGGUGGUGGUGCAUAGCAGUAGCAGUGGCCUUUGUGGGCCGUACCAUAGGCUUUGUAUGUAGGGACAAGUCUCACAGGAUGGGCAUGUGCUGAUUCCUAACGAAUCAUGGAGGGCGACUGUGCGAAGGCAAUUUUUA